UCCGCCGGAUGGCUGCGGGUGUUUGGUCUCCGGAACAGACCAAACAACGCUCCGGUCAAAAGUCGAGCAGCUGAGCCGUGGAGCGACUCUGCAGGUCGUUGUCCCCGCUGGACCUAUGUGUUGGUGUCCGGACGCACGGCGGUGGGACAUCCGGAAUGGGGACGAGGCUCGCUGCUGUGGCACGGACGCAGCGCGAGCGCACCAACUCGUUGCGCGCUCACGACCCACGCACGCAUGAGAUGGACUUGAGGAAGACUAAGUUCGGAAGGUUCAUGAACUGCAGGGCGCCAUCCAGCAAGAGAUAUCAGCCCACCGACUAUGAACAUGCCGCAAACUGUGCCACACAUGGGUUGUGGAUCUUACCGAGUCUGGUGGGCGUGUCCGUGCUCUACUUCCUGUCUGUGGACCAAUGGCAUCGUGUGGCUGCCUGGCUCUAUGGCAGCGGACUCACCGGCCUGUUCGUCACCUCAACUCUCUUCCACACGGCUGCAUGGAAAAUCAGCCACCUCCGGAGAGUGGAGCAGCGUUUCCACAUGUGUGACAGAAUGGCCAUCUACUUCUUCAUCGCUGCGUCCUAUUCGCCCUGGUUGAUGCUGAGGGAGCUGGGGCCCUGGACGUGCCACAUGCGCUGGCUGAUCUGGGUCAUGGCCUGUGUGGGAUCCACGUACGUCUUCUUCUUCCACGAGAGGUACAAGCUGCUGGAGCUGGUGGGAUACGUGGCCAUGGGGGCGGUUCCUGCUGCGGUCAUCCUGUCCAUGGUGGAGCGCUCUGGCGUGUGUGAGCUGGCGGUGGGAGGAGUCUUCUACGUGGUGGGAGUGGUCUUCUUUAAGAGCGACGGCCUGGUCCCGUUCGCCCACGCCAUCUGGCAUCUCUUUGUCGCAGCUGGAGCAGGAAUUCAUUAUUAUGCCAUCUGGAGGUACCUGUACGUACCCGGGCCGCUGCUGCACACGGCGAGGUGACCGGCCGCUCUCUGCUGAGGUCACAGGGUCCGACAGCACGUGACCCGACCAAGAGACGAGGGUUCGAUUCCUGAGAUCACCGGGUUUCCUGUCGACCGUCAGCUGAGGAUCUGCUCCCCGGGUGGGACCAAAACCCUUUAGCGUUUAGUUACAGUGUGAUUUGGCCAAACCUGUAAAGGCUGAUAAUAAUUUAUCACACAGAAAUAUAUAAUUCAGAUUAAAUUCUUUUAAUCACAAGGACCACUUUUACAGGAAAGGAAGUAAAUGUUAAACUGUUCCUUGACAAAAACGCCUCGGCUUGUAAACUUGUGCCAAAACUGACCAGACACACAUUCCUUAACAGCGGUGCUAGGAGCCAGAUGUAAGCAGAGGAAUCCAGUGACACAGUUGCACUGAUUUUUAUUUCCUCUAACCUAGUUUUGCACAUCUUCAAAAUAUUAAAACGUAGUCAGCCAAUAAACUUCAAAGUCAAAGUUUACAGUUUCAGUUUUGAAGACCGAAUUAUUGCAUUUGCCUCUUGAGAGCAUUUAGAAAUCAAAACUGUGAGGCCAACAUCUUUACAGCCACUGGUCUUUGAUUGUCACAGGCUAAUUUAAACUGCUGUCACCAAGUAUUAUCUGAUGGACACAUUAAUAUGAACCAACCUGACGAGAGAAUACAAUUAAAACACGAUAAACAGACCCGUUGUGAUUUAAAAUUUGAUUGUGAACCGUACAAAAUCUGUUCUCAUGGUUUUACUGUAAUGUGAUUUGAAGGAUCUAAGAAAUCAGAGCGCUACUGUAACUCUGACAAAUGUGUUCUGGGUCAAAUGAUAGUUCAACAGAUCUGUGAGGCUGUUUGCAUCGAUUGUUUUUAGAGGACUAUGAUCAGCAGGAUUCUUUAACUGAUUAUCUUCGUGCUCUGUUCUAUCGACAGCCGGGACGAUUCAAGAAGAAAUCCAUGAAUUAACACAUGGGGAUUCAAUAUAUGUAGAUUAUAUAUAUAAAUACAUAUAUGCAAAUUUCUACUAUUUUUAUACUUCUUCCAGCAAUGUAUAGAUCACACUUUUCAGGUCUUCCCUAAACUCUAGUAGUUCAGCAGAAUCUGUUUUAUCAGAGCACUUACUCAGGAUUUUAUUUUUGAAAUCAGAUGAUCUAUUUUGUAAAAUGUUAAGUCUGUGAAAUCACUGUAAUAAAAAGAAUAAUGAUAUUUCACAGUAAGAA